GACCCUGACAGCUCAAUCAUGUAGCCGCCUCAAACUUCACUUUCACUUACAGCCAUGAAAUCGGGGUUCAUAGAAACAAAAACAAAUGAUGAUGAUACCUUCUACCUGAAUUUACCCAGCUGGUAUCAUACCUGUCGCAUCGAAGUUGUCUGAGAGUCACGAAGUGGAGCUCUUGUGAAGUAUGGAUGGAGUCAGCUGGGGCACCACAAGGGCCCAAGAGUCGUUCAGCCGCCCUAAAACCGCAACAGAAACCCUCUCCCGGCUCGCCAGCUUCAUUGCUCGAGCUGACACAAAGCAACAUCUACGCAAUCAGAAGCAGCCAGCAUUCCCAUAUGGUUGUCAAGAGUGUGGAAAAGGCUUCCCGUUUGCAGCUGAUCUGUUGCACCAUCAGGAACUGAAACACACACUACCCAAGCCUCACAGGUGUCCCUCAUGUGGGAAGGAGUUUUCUCUGAGGUCAUCGUUACAGCUACAUAAGUGUGGCCAUGACUCCUCCCCUUGUGAACUUUGUCACGGAGAGACACGGGUUGGUAGUCCAUGCUCCGCAUGUAUGACUCGAACUUCAGAUCCCGAUAGAACGCAGGACAAGUCACCUCACCGACAGCCACACGUCCUGGACAGAAGCCCGUAUGCAUGUGCACCGUGUGGGAGAGGCUUUAACCAAAAGCAGGCUUUGCUGCACCACCAGCAGGCUGGUUGUAAUGAACCACCACAUUCAGCAGGUAUGGCUAAAGCUAGUAGCCUUCCAGUUGACUCUCUGCCUGUCUCUGAAGGAGAGUCAUCUCCUUCAGACUCUUCAGACGUCCCAGGGCCCAGCAGCAAAACUAUAAAUCUUUGCCAGUUCUGUUCCAGAAUCUUUCGCACAGAGGCUGCUCUACAACGCCACAAACAGACAACCCAUACAGAUGAGAGGCUGAUUGCUCCUUCCAGUCAGCACACCAAAGUUGAAAGUGUGGCUGGAGAAGGAAAAAAAGAAGCAAGUAAAAAGUUUAAAUCCAAAAAUAAGUUACUGACCUGUCGCUCCUGUGACUUGGUGUUUAAGAGCACUGCUAAGCUGUACGUACACAGGAAGGAUAAGCACAGCAGAGAGACAAAUCCAAGGAUAGAAACAAGGCCACCUGUCACCAAGCGCAGGAGAAUAUUCACAUAUACAUGUCAGAUUUGCAGCAAAGUGUUCUUUCAUCAUUUGUCACUUCUGGCUCAUGUUAGAAGGCAUGUAGCUUCAGGCUUUACUGCUAUUGAAAAUACAAGCCAGUCAGCAGAAGGUGCCACCAAAGACUCUAGCUUAUUAGAAAAUAGACCAAAUACAGGAAAAACCACAGCAGAUAAAAAGAUACAUGGGGCUGGUCCAGGCAGGCCAAGAAAAGUGCCCAGAGUGAAGGAGGUUAGUAAACCAGAGAAAUGUGAAGAAGUGCCUAAAGUGGAAGAGGAGGAGAGGGAUGAGGAAGAAGAACAACAAGAGGAGGAGGAGGAGGAGGAAGAAGAAGAGGAGGAAGAGAGAGAGUUCCCAUGCCCAUCCUGUGUGGAGGUUUUUUCAUUGCAAUCACAGCUGAAGGAGCACAUAGAGCUUCAUCAGUCAGCUGUGAAGAGGAGGCAGUGCAGCGUGUGCAUGAACGAGAUGGACACCUGUAAAUGGCCCGGGUCAAAGAGGCACAGGCUGUACCACUGUGUGCCCUGCCAACAGGGUUUCUCAUCACUGGACUCUUUCUUAGAACACUGUCAGGACCACCUGAGGGUCAAGGUGGAGGAAGACUGCAUCACAGAGGGCUGCACACAGCAGGCCAGCAAAGCCUGAGUUUCAGUUUGAAUGUAAUCAGCCAUUGCCUUUUUGCCUUGGAGGCCCAGAGAGUGAUGAAAUGAUGUGAAAUUCUUGUUGAUUUCCCAAGUUCAUUGCUUUAGUACUCAGGCCACUUUUACGCUACUCACACUCUGAGUCAACCAGAAAAUGAUGUGCUCAUGAACCAAACUAUGGUUUUCUCAUGUUUAGCACUCUUUCUGCAAAACAAACAGCUUACUUCUUAACAGAGCAGGUGUUUUCAGAUAUUCAUUCUACUUCACUUUCAGAAUUAUGUGUAAAAUUCAAAUUAACUGAGAUCCAUCUCAACAAACAUAAAGUUGAAUCCUUUUAAUUCUUUGCAUUUUUUUCAGAUCACAAAUGUUAAAAUUGUCCCUCUUUCUCAUGUAAUGUCCUCACAAUCAAGAAUCACAAAAGAUAAAGAAUCAACCUAUGUUACUACAUCUGUUGGAAUUGAAUGUCCACAAGCUACGGGGCGACUUCAUUUUCAUGUAUAAAUUAAUUCAAAACCAUUGCACCAUAUGUAGGAGAUGAAGACACCAGUAUUCUUCAUUAACAGUGUUUAAAAUGCUUUCCGCUCACCAUUUUGGCACAUACUGGCCCAAGCAGUGGCUGAUAUCUUGUUUACUAGAAUCUAUUUUUUACACAAGACAUCUAGGAUGAUCCUAAGUGAUUAUUAUAAAUUUGGCAAUAAUUCAUUUUGAGUCCUCAAUAUCACGGACUGGAUUGUUAUUUUAUAUGGGAUUCAGGUAUUUGUGUUGUUUGUAGCAGUGCCUAGAGCAUCAAAUGUUCUGUGUGUUGGUCAGCAUUACUCAGUAUUUGUUAGUUUUUACCAAGAUCUGAUUGAAGUCAACAAAGUCGUAUAAAUUGGCAAGUGUAAUCACUCUAAAGAUUGGCCAUUUACAUUUUUGUGAGUAGUUCCUUUACCCAGUGAAACACACUGGAGAUAACAGACCUAUGCAAACAGAUGGUCAGCGGCUCUUCUGUAUUUAUGUGAUGCUUUGUAAGUGCUGUAGUGAAUGAACCAGGAUCAAUGUGUUUUGUUUUUGUUUGGGGUUUUUUUUUUUUGUUUUUUUUGUCUAAAGGACCCUCAGCUACUGUUUUUUGAAAAGCUACUGUGAAAAUGUAGAAAAUCAUUUAUUAGAUUUUGAAGCUUCCACUUUUUCAAGGUCUUUUGUAAAUUAGGUUAUGGCUCUUUCUAGAAAACAUCAUUAAACUUAACAACUCUAAUGAGA